AUGGCCGCCUCUCCCACUCCGAUUCCGGAGCCGCGUAACCGCGGAAGCGACCCGCUGGACAUCCCCAAUCUGUCGGCGCAUGCCUCUGCAGCGGGUGCGCGGUCCCCCCUCGCGUCCUGGACGGCCGGUUCGCUGGGACCUGGCCGUUCCCCGCCCAAGUACUUUACGCCGCACUCUGCCUCGAUUGCCUCUCAAUGGCAGCACGCACGCCAAAACAGUUUCAGCAAAACGACAGCCCAGGGUCGUGCCUCGCAGCCUCAGACGCCUGAAGUCGAAACGAACGCCGCUAGCGCACCUACGCAUCGCUCGGGGCCGUGGCCGACGUUUUCUCGCUAUGAGAUUCCCAAGCCGCGCGAGCCGAGUAGUAACAAUACGACCGGCACUCCGUUCACCUCCCUGUACCGCCAGCUGAGUAACUCGCGCCGUACGCCCCCGUCUCAGACGGCGUCUGCGGAUGCGGCCGGGUUCAGCUCGAGCUUUGGAAGCAGCCUCUCGGAGUCGCCAUCCACGCCACAGCCGAUGCCCGAGCCGGAAUACUCGUCGUCGCGCCGGUACGCCGAGCGCCUCGAGCAUGUCGAUGCGGACGGCAUGUGGUCGCAACCCGUUUCCCUCAAACCCUCCCACACCCCCAUCGCGGAGCCCAAGGAAGAGGUGCCGUCGUUCCGCCGGUCCCUCCAGCGGCACUUGUCGAUCGACGGCAAGCGCAAGCCGAGUCCUAUGAGCGAGCGCCUGUUGAUGGGCCACCUGGACACCCAGUAA